AUGACUUACAACUCUAUCCUCAUCCUCGGUGCUACCGGUCUUAUCGGUCCUCACCUCAUUCCGGCCCUCAAGAAAGCUUACCCUUCGGCUUCCAUCUCCGCUCUCGUCCGUCCUGGAUCCGACAAAAUCGCCGCUGUCCAAGCUUUGGGAGUCAAGGUUAUCGAACAAGAUUACUCGUCAGGUUUGGAAACUGCUGUCAAAGGUUACGACUUGGUCAUCGACUCUGCCAACUCGGCUGACCCUGCUACCACCAAAGCUGCCGUCGAAGGAUUGAAGGGAAGCAAAGCUACAUUCCUCCGAUUGAGUGGAUGUGGUAACUUUAUCAACGGAUCUAAGACUGGAGAGUAUGAUCAUGAUGCUAAGCUUUGGGACGACAGCAAAGCCGAAGAUAUCGCAGCCAUCCACGAUGCUAUGUUCAACGGUGCCGGUGAUGUCGUCGCUAUCAAUGCCGCCAAAGAAGGUCUCGAAGCUUUCACUCUUACCAUCGGUGGUAUCUACGGUGUUCCCGUUAUCAAAGGUGCCUCCUCUGGUGUGUUCGUCAACCUCUACUCGAGCAACGCCAAGCAACUCGGAUACACCCCUGUGAUCGGAGAUGGUUCAGGUGUUAUGCAAAUGAUCCACAUUGACGAUGCCGUCUCUGCCAUCAUCGCUGUUCUCAAAUACACAGAGACCGCCUCUGGUGCUAGCGCCCACCGAUAUUUCAUCGCCCCCGGUUUCGAUUACACUUGGAAGAGGCUCGCUGAAGUGUUCGGCAACGCCCUCAACCUUUCGCCCAAGACCGUCUCCUUCGAGGAAGCUGGUUUCAUCGCUGGGCUCAUCGGCUCAACCAUGAAAUCGGUCGGGACCAAGACGGCCGAGCUCGGAUGGAAAGCUACCGGUCCUACACUCGAGGAGGUCUUGCCCCAGGUUCUUUAA